UGAUAACCCGUGGAAGAAACAAAGAGCCGCUCCACUGAAAACUCAUCUUAGAAACUUCUCGAACUCAAAAAUUGAUAACAAUCGAAACCAAAGUUUCUUCGGAACAAUGUCGAUCACGUAUUACUGGCUCGAUCUUUAUUCAACUUUGUUAUCAUCAAUCUUCGUUGUUUAUGUGCCUCUCAAAUUGUGGGAUUUACACGGCUCAACCACCAAAGUCGUUCCUAAUUUUCAGAGUCACGUCAAAACAAUUCUUAUCCUUGGUAUCAUCGCUACACAUAUCGUUUUCCCCAUUCAAACAACAAGUUUUGUGGUCAGUCUAGAUGACAAGGUUUCAUCAUUUGCAUCCGCUCUAGGUGCUUUUGGACUCUUGAUCUUGUCUUUCUUUGAACACCGGAAGACUGUCCGGCCAUCCAGUGCGGUAACCAUAUACGUGGCCCUGUCGGGUAUCAAGCAUCUUAUAAUUCUCACGCUGCCGUCAAGUAACCUCGAAAUUAUGUUACUAAUCCUCAUAACCACAAGAUUGAUACUUGAGAUGAGCCUAUUAGUGACUGAGUCACAGAGCAAGGUGGCAAUGCUAAAACCUUCUUACAAAAGUCUUACGCCCGAGGAGCUGACAGGAGUUCUUGGUCGUUUACUCUUUUGGUGGAUUAAUCCUAUCCUCAAGGAGGGUUAUCAUAGCUUUUUAACACAAGACGAUUUGCCGAAAGUUGAUCGAAAGCUAUCUUCAAGAUUAUUGAGGAAACGGCUCAUUCUGGCCUGGAAUCAGAGAUCGCAGCCAGAAACUAGCUUCACCUUGCCUCGUGUGCUAUUUACUUGUUUCAGGGGAGAGAUCUUAUCGCCGAUUGUACCACGGCUCUUCUUAAUAGUCUUCCGCUAUUCGCAACCGAUUCUUAUUAGUGUUACCAUCGGGUUUGUGCAAAAGAGUAGCUCCCAAGACGAAAGCAUGGAUUCUGGAUACUGGCUUGUCGUACUCGCUACUGGCACAUACUGCGGCAUUGCAAUGGCGACGUCAUCAUAUCGACACAGGCUCAACAGGCUGCAGAUGGUGACACGGGGGGCUCUAAUUGGCCUAAUUCAUGAUCGAUCACUCAGAGUUGAACAGUCCUAUAAUCAAGAUGGAAAGGCUUUAACACUCAUGGGUGCAGAUGUUGACAGCGUUGACACCUGCGGGGAAAUGUUUCAUGAGACCUGGGCUCAAGUUGUGGAAGUUUUAGCCGGAACAAGCCUCCUUGCAAGGCAGAUCGGGUGGUUUGCCCCACUGCCCCUGUUAAUUGUUUUUGGAUGUUCCAGAAUGAGCGCAUAUGUUGCGAAACAUCUUCAGGGGAGACAAAGCGAUUGGAGUGCUGCCACCCAAGAUCGCCUUGCCAUGAUGACUGCUACCUUGGGGGGAAUCAAAAGUAUGAAGAUUCUAGGUCUUGAGAAGGCUACAACCUGUCUUGUCUUGAACCUGAGGGCCCGAGAAAUUGCAAUGUCGAUAAGAUUGCGAUGGCUUAUGGUGGCCUACAACGCUAGCGCUAACACGUUGGGGAUAUUCUCUCCUGUUUUAACAUUGAUCCUGUUCGCUGUGUUUCGAAGUACAAAGGACGUAUUCAAUGCUGAUGUCGUCUUCACCACGAUCGCUCUCCUGGGUCUUGUCACUCAUCCUGCGAAUAUGAUUAUGACAAUCAUACCUCGUGCUAUUGCGUCUCUGGCAAAUUUCGAAAGAAUACAUGCCUAUUUGAUCCAAGGGUCGUUAAAGGAUCAACGUGUUACCAAAUUGUCGUCAACCGGAGGAGGGACACACAGUCGCCAUCCUGGUCAACGACCCGCAAUCGUACUAGAAAAUGUCAAAGUUCAACUACACUUCAACCCGCGUCCGGUUCUUCAAAAUGUGAAUUUUCACAUAAAUGAAGGUGCAAUUUUCGUAUGCUCAGGGCCCGUUGGCAGUGGAAAGUCCACCCUAGCGAUGGCAAUUCUCGGCGAAAUCAUUCCCACCGAGGGAAGAAUUGCCGUUACAGACAAGACUAUCGCGUUUUGUGGUCCGUUAGUGUGGCUUCCCAAUGUCUCAAUUCGAGAUACUAUUUGCGGCAGCUCCGCGAAUGUAGAUAUCGAGUGGUAUCAGACUGUCAUCCAAGCCUGCAGUCUGAAAGCCGAUCUAGAAUCCCUGGCAGCUGGAGAUAUGACAUUAGUUGGGAGCAAUGGCAUCAAUGUCUCUGGGGGACAGAAAUCCCGCAUCGCCCUUGCUCGUGCAGUCUAUUCUCGUUCUCAUACUAUGGUAUUGGAUGAUCCAUUCAGCGCCAUUGAUGGGGCGGUCGAAACCAAUAUUCUCAAUGCCUUGCUUGGCCCGGAAGGAAUUUUCCGGAAGUUACGAAGCACAGUUCUUCUCAUCGCGAACGGAGCUCAGUACUAUCCCUUCGCAGAUAGGGUGGUUUUGCUUAGCGGCACACGAGUACACGUUCUUAGCCCCCAAGAUGAUCGUCUUCGGGCGGAUGCUCAAAUGAUAAAGUUUCAUGUUUCACAAAACGCAACAGGGACUGGGAGACCUGAGAAGGGCUUCAAAUUACAGAUGGAUGGAACACGGAUCGAGGAUGCAGCUGAGGAUGCAUCAAGGAGGACCGGAGAUUCGGCACUCUAUGGCUAUUACUUUGAUUCAGUCGGAAUUCCGAAUAUCUUGCUCAUGGCGAGUUGCACUGCGUUUUAUGCUUUUUGUCUCACCUUCUCGCAAUAUAUCCUAAAGUGGUGGGUUGAAUCCAACGCUGCGAACUCGUGGCAAUAUAUUCUGAGUUAUUCUUCAUUCUCUACAAUGGCUUUGAUUGCAACGAAUGGGACUAUGUGGUCAACACAUAUUCUCAUCGCUCCGCGAUCCGGUUCUACCCUACACGCUCGUCUCCUUGGAAAGAUUAUGAAUGCUCCGCUAUCAUACUUUUCAACCUUCGAAGUCGGUACCAUUUUGAACAAGUUUGGUCAGGAUAUUCAACUGGUCGACAAACAGUUGCCUUCUGCGUUCGCAAAUCUCAGUACCCAAAUCUUCAAACUUCUCAUGCAAGGAAUUAUCUUAUUCGCGGUUCAGCCCAUGAUCGCAAUGACCCUACCAUUCUGCAGCAUUUUUGUAUACUUCAUUCAACGAGUCUAUCUUAGAACCUCUCGGCAGUUGCGUUUCAUGGACCUAGAGUCGAAGUCAAAACUCUACGCGAGUUUCAUAGAUACAGUUGAGGGCAUUGCUACAAUCCGUGCAUUUGGAUGGGAAGACAGAUUCAAAAACAACAACAUCGAGAAGCUGGACAUUUCACAGAGUCCAUUGUAUCUUCUUUUAUGUUUACAAAGAUGGCUCAAUGUAGUUCUGGAUCUUUUGAUCGCCGGAAUUGCUGUGGUUUUGAUUACCUCGGCAGUGGCGUUUCGGGACACAGCCACGGGGACUGACAUAGGCAUUGCGCUAAAUAUGAUCAUUGCUGCGAAUACGACAUUACUUCGCCUGGUUGAAACUUGGACCACCCUCGAGACUUCUCUUGGGGCAGUGGCACGGCUGCGGUCUGUUGAUCAAGACACCCCUUCUGAAGAGAAAGACUGUGACUACUUGGAGCCCUCACUCCAUUGGCCAAGAAAGGGAUCCAUAAGCAUCAAUCACAUAUCAGCAGGCUACAGCCAAAAGGCCCCCGUGCUUCGUGAUGUCAAUAUGGAUAUUCAACCUGGCCAAAAAGUCAUUUUGUGUGGCCGAACGGGAAGCGGUAAGAGCACUCUCUUCCUCACGCUGCUGCAAUUAUUAAACGCCGAGGCUGGCUCGAUUGAGGUCGAUGGUGUGGACAUAAGUCAUUUGCCAGUGCAUGUUAUACGGCGACGCUGCUUUAUUGCAGUGCCUCAGGAUGCAUUCAUUUUGCCCACCGCCAGUGUUCGAUUUAAUCUUGAUCCAUACAAUGAGCAUCAAGACGGCACAAUUCUGGAAAUUCUGGAAAAGACCGGGCUUUGGUUAGAUUCAUCUACUUCGCAGCUCCAAAAUACCUCCCUGGUCAAUACGGCGAACGUGCUCCUUCACGGUCUACCGUAUUCUGACAUUCUCAGCCAGCCAUUUGCUUCUUUCCUGCCGGCGUCUAGAGGCCAGAUGCAGAUGUUUGCCUUCGCGCAGGCGCUACUUCGAGUUCAGCCAUCAACCCACGACCAGAACCCCGCUCUUGGCGAACGGAAACCAAUCAUAAUCCUUGACGAAGCAGGUUCCUCCUUGGACCUAAAGACAGAGGCCAAGAUGCAGGAAUUGAUGAAAGAGUACUUUACGGACCCAGGGCAUACCGUCAUUACCAUUGCACACAGACUCAACAAUGCGCGGGAAGAUCUGCGACCUGGAUUGGACUCUGUAGUAUGGAUGGAAGAUGGGCGCUUUGAGGAGCUCCAGAGCUACAUAAAAGGGACCAUGGAUACUGGCCGAGUAUCAAUAAGAUGA